AUGCCACGGUUUGAAGCGGCGAGUCUGCUCAGUACUCCCGUGCUCAUCGCGUAUGGUAUAUGUUCUGCUAUCGCAUUUGUCGCCAUGCUGUAUAAGGCACGGCGCGAGCAGCUUGACAUAUUCAUGGCUUCAGCGUGGAUCUAUCAAAGCAAUGGGUGUCUUCUUAUCCUAUCCAAUUUUAUAUGCUUCAGCUUGGUCUUAAUGAUGCGUAUUAUGCAAAAGUUAUUCCUCGGUCCCCUGGGACGACAAGAGGUCCAAUCUGUGAGAGAAUCCGUUACCAUGCACGUCUUUGACCUCUUCAUUACAACGUCUGCUGGCAUGUUCAGCUCAAAUCUUUUGUGUUUCUACUUUGGCUGCCUGAUUUUUGUUGUAUCGCUUUUGCAGACCUUGUGCAGGGUACGCAUUGAAACAAUAGGCCAAAUGACAGCAUUGCCGCGUUUAGCCCACGCACGAAUGAUCGGCCUUUUUGUGUGCCUUCAGCUUAUGGAGUUUAUACUCAUCCCCAGCGUGAUUCUGUUGUUACCGCAGGACCUGGGACCUGUUGGUAUCAUGACGCAGUACUUUAUUUUACUAUGUGCAUCGCAAGUCAACUUGUGGGCCCUAGUGGCAUUGUACCAUUGUGAAGCGCGUGCUCGUCAGAUGGGGGAUGCCUGGGAGGAAAAGAGCCUUUACGUCUUCUACAUCGAGUUUGCGCGUGAUAUUUUCAUGUUGCUGGUUUAUCCUAUUUGUGUCGUAUUUUCGUUGUUCUACGUGCCGCAGACUGGCAUAAUCUUCGUACCUUUCGGUACCAUCCGCCAGUUUAUCAUGCUGGCAUAUUCCGUGUACAAAAAUGCAACGAAGUACAUGCGGUUUAGUGCUGCGACGCGUGAUAUGGACAGCAAAUACCCACCGCUCUCAAAGGAAGAGAUUGACCAGUUGAGGGACAAGACAUGCAUUAUUUGCCGCGAAGAGUUCGAUGCUGAGACACAGAACCAAGCAGAUACGCCGCGUAAACUUCCUUGCCAUCACGUCUUUCAUUUCCGGUGCUUGCACUCCUGGCUCGAACGCCAGCAAAACUGCCCAACUUGUCGACGCGAUGUGUUCAGAGCACCACCGCAAGCGGAGCAACCUCAAGAGAGAGUGGCCCGCAUACGAUCACAAGGGUCUCCUGCCGAACUAGAUGAUGCGAAUGACUCUGCAACACUUUCAUCGCUUCUUGCUCGUUUCACUCAGCCUGCAGAGGGUGCAGCAUCAUCAUCUCAUGAUACCCCCGCGCCGCCUCCGGCCGCCACCCAAGACCCACGUGAAGCUAUGCGACAAGCAGUGUUGAAACGCUUCGAUCAAAAGCCCCAGCCUCCGUCCACUCAGCCGCCUGUCUUGAUACCACUAUUUGAUCCUCAAUCUGUGCCAGACUUUCGCACGCGUGUGGAGCCCAAUCUGCCACAUACUCUCGUGGAUUGGGCCAAGUCUGUCUCCUCGACGCCCACUCUUGAUGAAGAGCAGCUGUCUCAUGUUACAGAUGCUCAACUCCGCAAGCGAUUGCAGCUGUUGCAAGAGACACAACAAACACUGCAAAAUGCCAUUGCACAGAUCCAAGAGGCGUUGGCGCCGCCCGUGCCUGAGGAAAAAGGCAAGGCACCAGCACGUAGCCAUGAAUAA